AUGUCUUUAAGAUCGCCGCGGUCGCCGCGAAAUCUGGGGUUCGUGCCAAUUGCUGGCAGGAACAGCGCCGAAAUGCAGGAGAUACCACUCACCACCAUCCGCAGCAAUGCGAGCUCUUCGGGUGCCCGAAAGGCCAACCAGACCCUACUCAACUCGGAUAUGGAUGGGAACGACGAAAAGGGCGGCCUCUUCCCCACCCCGGCCGGUCGGAGGCGAGUGGAGCGAGACUUGAAGCGGGCGGGCUCGAGCAUGUCGGAAGAGACGUCGCUGAACGCCAUGGGCCGCCUUUAUAACAAAAUUGUCGGCUUCUCUGCCGUCACCCGCUAUCUCUUCUACGUCGUCCCCGUCGCCCUGCUCCUCGCCAUACCACUCGUUAUUCUCCCCUUCACUGGCGACGGGGACAAGGACCGAGUCAGCUUGGGCGGCACCAGCAACAGCAGCUUGUUUCGGCUGUUCCUGUGGAUCGAAAUAUCCUGGCUGUCUCUCUGGGUCGGCAAGGUGGUGGCACAUCUUCUGCCUCCGAUCUUCAUGUUCUUCUGCGGUGUCAUCAGCUCAGGGACCAGAAAAUACGCAACCGUGCUCCGGGCGCUCGAGAUUCCCUUCUCUAUGUUCUUCUGGGCCCUUUCGUCGUGGCUGGUGUUCAAGUUCAUGAUCAUGGACAAGCUUGAAUGGGUUGAUACCAUUACACGUAUCCUACUGUCCCUCUUUCUGUCAUCCGCAGUUCUUCUUGGAGAGAAGGCGAUCGUGCAGCUCAUCAGCAUUACAUACCACCAGAGGUCCUUUGCGAACCGGAUCCACGAUUCCAAGCACGAGAUCCGCCUCUUGGGCCUCAUGUACGAUGCCUCUCGGACUCUCUUCCCCAUGUACUGCCCCGAGUUUGCCGAAGAGGAUUACAUCAUCAACGAUAGCAUCGACAUGAUACUCUCAAACGUCAAACUCAGAAAGGGCAAGCAGGGGGGCGCUGCGACGCCUAUGAGGCUAUUGGGCGACGUCGGUCGUUUCGGAGACAAGAUCACGUCAGUUUUUGGAAACAUCGCCUCCGAUAUCACGGGAAAGCAGGUCUUUAACCCCAACUCGGCCCAUUCAAUUGUCGUGGAAGCGCUCGAGAAGGUCCGGAGCUCGGAAGCCAUGGCGCGACGUAUCUGGAUGUCGUUCGUGGUCGAGGGCAAGGAAUCGCUGUCUUUGGAAGAUAUUUCCGAGGUCCUGGGACCUGCUCACCACGAGGAGGCCGAAGAGUGCUUCAACGCUAUCGAUGCCGACCAGAAUGGAGACAUCAGCCUGGAUGAGAUGGUCCGCAAAGUUGUCGAGAUUGGAAAGGAGAGGAAGGCAAUCGCAAACAGUAUGAAGGAUAUCAGCCAGGCUUUAACUGUCUUCGAUAAGGUCCUCCUCUUCGUCGUCCUACUUAUCGUGAUCAUUAUCUUCUUGGCUGUCUUCCAGAGCAGCUUCAUCGCGACUCUGACAACAGCUGGAACUACGCUGCUUUCUUUGUCCUUUGUCUUUGCCGUCACCACUCAGGAAUUUCUGGGUUCCUGCAUUUUCCUUUUCGUCAAGCACCCUUACGAUGUCGGCGACCGUGUCGAUAUCACGGGCCCUGAGAAGGAGCAGCUCGUAGUGGAGAAGAUCUCGUUGCUUUACACGGUGUUUACCCGCAUCGACAAGAUGCAGGUCGUUCAGGUUCCAAACAUCAUUCUAAACAACCAGUGGAUCGAAAAUGUGACACGAAGCAAGGCCAUGAAGGAAGUGAUCGAUGUCAACGUGUCGUUCGACACACCGUUUGAAGACAUCGAGCUUCUACGCCUCGAGAUUGAGAAGUUCGUGCGCUCGCCCGAGAACAGCCGCGACUUCCAACCUGAUGUCACUAUUGCUGUCGGUGGCGUUGGCGACUUGGAUAAGUUGACGCUUAAGAUUGCAAUCAAACACAAGUCCAACUGGCACAACGACGCUGUUCGUGGCACCCGCCGGUCCAAAUUCCUGUGCGCACUGGCGCUUGCCCUGAAGCUCGUGCCCAUCAACGGACCUGGUGGUGGUGGCGAGCCUCUCGGCGGGCCCAAGAACCCUGCAUACAACGUGGCCGUCUCCGACGACUUUGCUGCCGUUGCUCGCGAGAAGGCCGAUAAGGAAAAGGCGGCAAAGAAACUUGCGAAUUCGGGCAUGGAGCGGUCGCUUAGCGGCGCUUCGACCAGAACCGUCGAGAAGCAUGCAGCUGAGCAGCUGAACACGUCAAACCCCGUUAUUGAAGCACUGGACGAUUGGGCUUACGACGACACUCUUAACAGCCGUGAAGCGUCGGCAGACCGGAAACGUGCCGUCGAUGUCGAAGGCGUUCGCCGUGACUUCCAGAAUGCCAGAGACUCGCAGCGCGGCCGCCGCAAGGCUGGAGAUACACUUCCUUUGGCGCCUGUUGGCGAGGGCGCGCCAGGCCUCCGAGUGACGCGUGCCGAUACCAAUCGCAGUAACAGGUCCUUUGACCUCGAGAGGCAAGAUAGCGUGGAGGCACCGCUUUCCCAGUACCCAGCCGCGAUGUAUGCCGCCGGAGCUGUUCCAACCCCGGCUCUCUACUCAAAUAUCCCUCCGCCGCCGCCGCCACCCCCUCCAGUUGUGUACGCGCCAAACCCUGCGAACCUGUCCAUACAGACGAACCUGCCGCUCCCGCAGCAUCCGCUGCAGAAUGCUCCGAGCGGAGCUGUAGGUGCAAGGGCUCGGGGUGCCAGUGUCAUUCGCGCACUCGCGCAGCAGCAGAUCAACAGGGAGACGGGUAAUCCCACCGGCAACAACCCGGGUCCGUCGAACAGGUCCUAG